AUGAAUGGAGGCCAAACAGUUGCUAUUGUUGGAGUUUCAGGUUCAGGAAAGAGCAUUAUAAUAUCUUUGAUGCAGAGAUUUUAUGAUCCAGUUGCGGGCCAAGUUUUACUGGACGGAAGGGAUUUAAAGCUCUAUAACUUGAGAUGGUUGAGGAGCCACUUCGGUCUGAUACAGCAGGAACCUAUUAUUUUCUCAACAACCAUAAGGGAUAACAUUAUAUAUGCAAGACACAAUGUCGAUGAAGCUGAGAUAAAAGAAGCAGCAAGAAUAGCAAAUGCUCAUCAUUUUAUUAGCAGUUUGCCUCACGGUUACGACACUCAUGUUGGGAUUAGAGGUUUAGACUUAACCCCAGGACAGAAACAGAAAAUUCCAAUUGCAAGAGUAAGAUUGAAAAAUGCACCUAUCUUAUUGUUGGAUGAAGCAAGUUCAUCAAUUGAAUCUGAGUCAAGCCGAGUGAUACAAGAAACUCUAGACACACUAAUAAUGGGAAACAAAACCACUAUUUUAAUAGUGCAAUAUCCCAGUUCGCAGGCUGUGGCUACAGUUACAAAAGCUAGAAUAAGAUUGAAAGGAAAAUGGCCCUACUCAAUGAUUGAGAGAAUAAAGUACUACUGA